UCUGUGACUGAGAGAGAGAGGAAACUGGAAAACCGCUCACUUAUAACUGCUUCAGGCGUGACUGAGGAUUUGUUGUACCUAUCACAUUCCUUGCAAUCUGUCAUCUGAGCUGCACUUUAGACUCUUGUGUAUCCAGGAAGGGGUAUAUCUCCCAGCUCCGCACAGCCAGCUCUCUUUCUUGCUUCCAGUCUGUCAGAGUAACAGGCUGCAUUGCUACUGCAGCCUUCCAGGGGGACUCUUUUGAAAACACUGCAGGAGAACUGACAGCUACUUCACCAUGACUCUGAAGUCCAACAAGAGCGAGCCCCUUGGCCCUUUCGCUGCCUUUGAGAGUAUCAAUAGUUGCCGGACCCCGCUGUCUGAUCUGUACUUGGAGCAGCUACUGCAGAGCAAAGGCAAGGCUGAGUUAUUUGAGAAGAUCAACAUAACAAUGGCCUCAAACACCAGCCCCUUGCUCACUAAUGGAGUACACAAUGAAGAGGGUUAUAUGUUGACGUGCAAUACUGCCCAGGAAGUCUACAGUAAUGGCAGUGCUAACUCGUCUCCUUACAUGAAUGGUAAUAGUAAAGAGCACGAGGCACAGAAUGUCAAGAAAAUCCAAUUGGUUACAUUCCAGAAAAGUACAACUGAACCCAUGGGAAUUACUCUGAAACUGAAUGACAAGGGACGCUGUGUUAUUGGAAGAAUCCUGCAUGGAGGGAUGAUUCAUAGGCAAGGCUCACUCCAUGUUGGUGAUGAAAUUCUGGAAAUAAAUGGCAAGAGUGCAGCAAAUCAGACAGUGGAGCAACUGCAGUCGGCCCUGAAAGAAAUUAUGGGGACCGUCACCUUACAGGUUCAGUCCAACUACCACUGCAACCCUCCAUCCUUUGAGAUGUACAUGCGAGCUCAGUUUGAUUAUGACCCAAAGAAGGAUGAUCUGAUCCCCUGCAAGGAGGCUGGGUUGAAGUUUGAAACUGGUGACAUUAUUAAGAUAAUCAGCAAGGAUGAUCCCAACUGGUGGCAGGGUACUGUGGAGAACUCGAGCAAAGUAACUGGAUUAAUUCCUUCCCCUGAACUGCAGGAAUGGAGGGUGGCCAAUAAGAAUACAGCUAACCAAGAUGUUACCUCAGGCUGUGGAAUGUUUGGGAAGAAGAAAAAGCAGUGUAAAGACAAAUAUCUGGCCAAGCACAGUGCAAUCUUUGAUCGACUGGAUCUUGUCUCUUAUGAAGAAGUUGUACAACUCCCUGCAUUCAACCGAAAGACCCUGGUGCUUCUUGGGGCUAGUGGAGUGGGUCGGAGUCACAUCAAAAAUGUUCUAAUUACUAAACAUGCAGACAAGUUUGCUUAUCCAAUUCCUCAUACUUCCAGGUCACCAAAGGAAGAUGAAGAAGAUGGAAAGAAUUACUACUUUAUUUCCAAUGAGGAAAUGGUGAAGAACAUUACAGGUAAUGAAUUCCUAGAGUAUGGAAGCUUCCAAGGGGCCAUGUUUGGAACAAAGUUGGAGACAAUCCGCAAGAUCAACCAAAGCCAAGGCAAAAUUGCAGUGGUGGACAUUGAGCCCCAGGCCCUAAAGGUUCUCAGAACAGCAGAAUUUGCACCACUGGUGGUAUUUAUUGCUGCUCCAUCUGCUGCUCAGCCAGGGAAUCAGGUUGAAUCUCUUAAGAAAAUCCAAAAGGAAUCAGAAAUGCUCCAGCACACUUAUGGACAUUGGUUUGACCUGACCCUGGUUAACAACGAAGUUGAAGACACAGUGCAUAACCUGGUCGAGGCAAUUGAAAGUGCAUGCACUACAGCACAGUGGGUUCCAGUUUCAUGGGUCUACUAGUCAAGAUAGAUAGACACAGCAAAUUGAAUAUUCAUGUACUUUCUAAGAAAUCAUUUAAUCGGAGAUCAGAAAGCAGUUUGAAGCCUGCCAUUUUAAACCAAAACAUGCACAUUAGCUUAUGAGAGUACAUUUCACCUGCAAGUCAUUCUCCAUACUUUCACUUGUUUUAUAUUACAAAAAACAAGGACUGUUUAUUAAUGGGAUAUUUACAAAGUUCUUCAAAACUUUUGAAAUAAAAAGACAAAAUGCUGGAAAUACUCAACUUUCCAGCACCCAUUGUACCUUG